CACAUCCAUGGUGAAUCGAUGACAUCACCGUCGUCCCCGCAGCCUCUAAACUAGCGCCUCCUGUACACUGGAUAAGGCUCCUUGCAGCGAGCAUCCCACCAGUCAGUCACGCAGUACAUCAUCAUCAUCGCUCGUCGCGAGCUUCCUCCCUGCUUCCUUGCUCCCAUAGAAAACCCGAGCUGCUGGCUACUGCCCUGAUCCCCCUACCCAGCUCCAGUUCUUGGCUUCUUCAUCUUGCAUAGCUCGCUACAUCCAUGGAGGACAAGCCUGCUGCAGGCUACCGGCACGGGCCGCCAUGGGUGUUCAAGGGCAGCGCAUUGUACCAGCUGCAUUUGGUGAAGGCGGCGACGGCGCGCGCCUUCGUGCCCAAGGACCUGCGCCUGGUGGAGGCCUUCGGCUACACGCUCGGCGGCAUGUUCCUCGCGCGCUACCACGACAGCCCCGCCGGCCAGUUCGACGAGCUGGUGGUGAUCGCCGGCAUUGUGUGGAACCCGCCGACUUCUUGCGCUUGGGCUGCCAGGGUGCUCGUAAACAGUGCUGAAGCCUGCCGGCAUGGACGCAAGGAAGUGGGGCUGCCAAGCCAUGUCGCAAAGUUCUCACAGACUGAAGCUUCUGAACUCAGAAACAAACCGUUGGCAAAACCAAACGGCUUUCUGAACCUUCUUGGAAUGGGUUCAACUUUCUCCAAGAAAGAGAGUUGCCGUGGGUUCGAGAUCUCGGAGACCACGGGCUCAUCUACGAGGCACUUGUGCAACAUCAGCCUGCCGGCCACCGGAGUGGCAGCAGGAUCACAUAAAGACAACAAGUGGAUAGGUCCAGCAAUCAGGAUGUCACUUCCGAGCUUCAGUGGCCAGACAGAGGACCAUCCCGAUCUUCUCAAGUACUCUUGCAAAGUAGAGUGCAGGGUGCGCCCGGUAAGUCCUGCCAAUAUCUGGAGCCCUAGAACCGCAGAACCCCAGGAGUGCUCUGAUGGCAAGAACGGCAGCGUUGUAUCUGAAUCGGAUGCGCAAAGACAGAGCGUUCUGGUUUUGUUGUCUAGGCCUAUCUUGGCUCUGGAGUUCAGCUCCCUGCUGAUGCACGUUGAUGCUCCAAAAACUGUUGCUCCACAUUCGAAGAAGAAGGAAGUCAGAUACUCGAGCACCUGAAUCUGAUGCUAGCUGGGAGUUUUUGGCCCGAUUUUCUUACACAGUAGACAUGGUUACCGCUGCUUGUUCUUUCAUUUGUUCAUAGGUUUUCAAGAAAACCAUUAUUGUUGGGUUUGAAACCUACUUGAUGAAUUCAAAGUUGCAUAUAGUUUGGUUUCGAUGGAAACCAGGUAACACAACAUUGGCAGUUCCAUAUAUGCACAAUUCGACCCAGAAAAAGGGGUUAGAGCGAAUUGAAACAA